GCCUUUUCUUGGCGUUUUUUCUCUUCUUCCUCUUUCUUUUCUCUGCUCCUGAAGUAUAUGUCCUUUUUGCGACAUUGUUUUGCCCCACAACUACCUGCGCUUUGGAUACUCAGUGCACAUUGCACAGCAAAAGGCACAUAACGGUAGCAAAGCUUUGACAUUUUAGCAGUAAGAAUCAUAGGCCUACAUCAGCAGCAGCACUAAAAUGAUUUUACCUUAUUUUAUUUUUACAAUAAUAUAUAUUUGAUCAGACAGAAAGCAUUACUCAUACAUGCAAAAAAAAAAAAAAAAAAAAUUAUUGCUCUUGGGGGCCCCCUAUUGGCCGUGGGGCCCUAAGCAGGCGCUUAGUUCGCUUAUGCCUUGGGCCGGCUCUGCUGUGACUCCUUCAUCAGCAGAGUGACAUCAUUUCUACAAUAAUAAACCAACCUUUCAGAAAUGACAACGCUCUGCUUUGAAAUGCUUCAUGGAAAGAUUUUGGUGUGCUUUAAGUUGUCUUUGCAAAGCUCGGAAUAUAUUCAUCAUAUCAAUAUCAGUAAAUACAUGGCUGUGCUGAAAAAAAAAAACACUGGAGACAAACAGCAUUUUAUAUAAUUCUGAUUAUUUUUUGAGGGAUGAAAUCAUAGAUAUCUCCUUUCUACAUACCUUAACAGAGCUUUGCCGCAUUAAACCCAAACAGAAACUUUGUAUGUUAAAAAUGAAGCCAACACGUGUAUUUAAAAUGCUGUCACUCAAAUGUCCACUUCAGCUUGCAAAAGUCAAAAAAUUCCCAUUAUGUUCAAUAUUAAAAUAGCUAACAGUAUCUCCAGCACCCCUUCGCAGCAACAAAUGAGUGACAUCACGGAGAUGAAGUCCAUGUUUUAGGAUUUAAAUACACUGCAGCUACUUCUAUUUUGCAGGAAAUCACAGUUCCUUAGUUUUUUUUUUUUUUUUUACUGAAAAAAAUAAAAAUUUUCAGCCUCUUUGAAAACUGUUUUAGUUUCCAUAUCUCUUUUGUUUUGUUUUUGUGGAAGCUGGGUGAUUUUUUUUGUACUGUUACUCAUCUACUGUCAUUAUGUAAGGGUUAAGAGUCUUUUAUAACAACACUUAAUUAGGGGAAGGGCUGAUUUGACUGAUUUAAUGGCUGUUUGUCAGGCAACAAGGCUGUGACCUCAGUGACUUUACCAAGGCCAUGCCCUCACUUUAUGCGGCCCAUUACUGAAUCUAAAUGCAUUCGGUUUAAUGUCACUAAGCCAUUGUUUAGUGACAUUACAUUUCGAACUGAGCUCAUAGUUCUGCAGUGUUUGGACACCAAAACUACUUCAGUUUGAUCAUUGGCUUUAGUAAUACACUUCAGCACUGACUGAUAAGUUUCAUAUGGGACCAAAAUCUAAGGUAACACUCUGUCAACCAUGUCUGACUCCUCUUGACCUCCUCAAUCCCUUCACUCCAUGAUCAUGUGCUGGGCAGUUGUUUUUCCCAUUUCAUGUGUGGUUUGGUCAAACUUAGAUUCUAAAUAAUCUUAGUUGAAAACUGAUCUUUUUUAAAGACCCGAGAUGUGGAUGUACUAUAGUUUUACUGCCCCUAACAAUGUCAAUUUUCCUUUGAAAAUGCAGUGUGAGAUUUGGCGACAUCUGGUGGUGAAGACUUAGAUCACUAAUGAUUCACAACUGCUUUCUUCACCCUCUCUUUUUACAGCUGUUUGGAAAACCUGCCAAAGCAUUGAAACAAAACCGUAAAAAACAUUCUGAAUGCCAAGUCUGGAGACAGCGUCAGGAGCAUAAAGAGUUUAGAAAUAUGUAUGGCAAAAUGUAAAAAUAUACUAAUUAUGAUAAUAAAUAUUCUUCCCAGUGCACACGUACACAUUAUGCAUACAUUAUGGAAAAGUUAAUAUCUGUAGUGUGUGAAUAACACAAAUGAUGAAAAACAUGUCAAACAAAUACAAAUGGAAGACAACUCUUCAUCACGAUCUGUGUUCACUAACUCAUUUGACUUAGGGAAGAGUGGGGUAAGAUGAGUCAUUUUUCAUAUUUCGGAUCACUACAUCAGUGCAAACCAACAGAAUGAGUGUAAACAUAACUGUCUUGAUAAUAUAGCAUGCCAAAAAAAGUGGUCAUCUAUGGUCAACUUACCCAGUGUAUGGGGUAAGUUGACCAUAGGAAUGGGGUAAGUUGAGCCGUAUCCCAUGGUCUCAAUACAUGCUUUUAGAGCUGGUGUUGAUUUUUAUAGUCCUGCGUGAUCACUAAUAUUAUUAUCAUUUUUUUUUUUAUAAAUUCAAACAUCAUCAGUGUCCACACCAAUGAAAGAAAGCCCUGUGGUCGUUUGGGAUACAUGCUGACUAGUGAAAUUCAUGGCACAUGCUUGUUUAUCGCUGUAUUAUUCAACAUUCUCUUUGAAAGACAGAGGUUAACAGAGAACACACAGCUUUUGUUUGAACAUUUGUGAGAUACAGGCCCAAAUAACCCAACAGGGCCUAUUCAGGGUAUUAAAGUUGGUAUUCAAAGUUGACACCAUGUAUUCAUGUGAUUGGCUGACUGCUAAUCACGUGACUGCAGUCAUGUAAGGUGGGUGUGUUACAUCGCUUCUAGCAUGCACUGGGAGAGUAGGCGCCUUCUAGUGAUGGGCAUGGCAGUUCUUUUAGAUGUACUGAAUCACUAGAAUCAGUUCACUAAAAAGAUUCAUUCAAAAGAUUCGUUCACAAAAUCAUCGAAUCAAUCAGAGCUUGAGAGAAGCCUUUGACGCCAACCUCCUGUUUGUAAAAAUUAACUUGUUUAUAAGUCAUGAUGUUUUAAGUGUACUGUACUAUGGUAUGCUAUUUAUCAGGUCUGCUUGGCAAAUUGGGCUCAGUGAGUCAUUCAUUCACUAAAUUCACACUUAACAUGCACCGUUCCCUCACAAACCGCUGCAAUGACUGGAUGCUGCGGGUUUAAUGCACUACUUGUUACAUGUGCAAGUAGUUGUUGUAGCAAUUUAGCAGUUAAAAAAACAAAAAAGGUAGUUUUGUCUGACAAAAAGUAUUCAAGAGAUUGUAGUUCAGUGCGUGAUUCAUUCACCAAGUGAUUCAGACAUCAGUGCAUAUGGUCCCCCAUUCGCUGGCUGCUCAACUGGCAAUGCUGUUUCUUACUUCUGCUUAUCUGUAUUGAGAAAUGAACAAAUCACUCGAGGAAGGGAUUCGGUUCAGUACGUUCACUUAAAAGAUUCGGUUCAUUUAAACGAAUCGUUCGCGAGCGACACAACACUAGCACCUUCACCUGUGCUCCCUCUAUUGUUAGUGUUGUCACCUUUGUCCCACGAUGUGCACCACAACUCUACUAGCACCAGUGACAGUGACCGUUUAACAAAUAACGGAUCAGUUUUGUUGAUAAUGAAAAGUAUGCUGAAAUAAACUCAGUCUUGAUGGGCUACAUAGAAAAGCUGUGAGCAAGUAUUUCUGCUUAAAUCUGAAAAAGCAAAGAGCGCUGUGCACACAAAGGAUAAAAUGAAAUUAUUUGCAUUCCGUUUAUACACCGUACGUUCAGAUUUAAGAAACUGUUGGAUGACAUGACUACUUUUACCCCAUUAAUAAUAGUAUAAAUUAACGUUUCAUCAUGAAUUUUGUAUAUUUCUUCAUGUAUUUCGGACUCUUUGCUGUGACAACAGUUGCAUAUAAUGUAAAACUGGUUUACAGAGGUAGUUACAACUGGUGUGGAUUUAUGGGACCCGCCAGUCUGGAAAAGAAAAAAAAAAGGAAAAACUGGGUCGGGCCGGUGAAGCGCUCUUGAGCUCUCGGCAGCAGCUGCUCCCAGUCUGUCGGGGACUUCAUGUGGGGCUCAGCACUUCAAGUCGACAGUCCGACAGACUCCGAACCCUGGUGCUGGCUAUUAACAUGUCCAAAGUGAACGGCGGUUCCUCUGGUUGUCGGGCCGUGGUGAUGGCAGGAAAGUACCUGUCCAGUCCAUCAGCACUGGCCCGGAGUUGUGGCCAGCGUCAGCGGAGGAUGUUGUGUGCACAGCGGCGAAUGAUGAGCUCUGACGCGGCCAGCACAGGAGGAAAUACCGCGGCUGUGGCCCAGCAGGAUCAAUCUGGAUAUCUCUCCGCCGCAGACCGACAUGCGCUUACAAACCGCAAUCUGAUUUACCGGGACGUUAAGGCUUUCCUCAAUGAAGUUGGCGGAGACCCCAGGGAGGCCCGGUACUGGCUUACCCAGUUCCAAAGAGCUUCCAAGACCCAGUCUCCUGCUUUUGCUGUCAUGGAGGUAAGCAAAGUGAACGUUUAGUCAGUAAUAAACUCUUAUAAGAUUGUAGAAAAGAAAAUCCCAUCCUUUAAAUAGGUUUCAGUUGCGAUGUUUUAUUGGAUUUAUUCGCCACCCAUGAGGUUCCGGCUACGAUACGGAUGCCCGCAAGCGUCUGUCCAGAUACUGGGUCAAAGGUAAUCUUCUACAGUUAUGUCACGAGGACCAAAAACGAGUUACUCCCUUUAUAAUCACUUUUCAAAUGAAAACAGGUUGCAAAGUUGCAAAGUUCGUACUUUGUUUGUUUUAUAUGUAAUAGUUUGUAGUGAUUUUGUAUUUUAGACAGUGUAAACUCAUAAGAAAUAACAAUUUAUCAAACAUGAAAAAUAGUUAAAAUAUAAAAAGGAAAUUAAAGUUGUAUUUCGUGACUAGGUAACUAUAAAAAAAUACAAAUUGGGUCAUGUACAUAUCUUUCUUUGGUAGAUGCUCUGGUUUUAGAAGGUGUAGACUGUAUAUACUAAUGUUGUAUUAUUGUAUUUACUAUUAUAUACUAUAUUAUAUACUAUAUACUUUUCUAUAUACAGUCUGUGGGUGUACACUGUCUUUUGGUUCACCGGCUGUUUUAUCCAAAUGUAUCUUUUUUUGUUCUAGUACACAAACCUUGCAUUAAAAUGGACUCAUUUUGAGACAGAUCUAACCAGCAUAUCUUUAUCAGUCCACAUGUGGUCCUUUCUGGUUUUGUCUCCUCCAGGUGGACAGCUCAGUAUUUGACAGCAGAGACAUGGUUCAGAGCCUGGCUUUUGGGCUGUCCUUUCUCCAGCGGAUGGAUAUGAAGCCUGUGGUGGUAAUGGGUCUGCCUGCUAACGAAGAGUCAGGGCACAUGGAACCAGUGGCAGGUUCCCGGUGCGCUCAAGAGCUUGUGAAGCGAAGCCAGCAGCUAACUGAGGCACUGCAGCAGCAUUCAUCUACUGUCCUACCUCUCUUUUCUGCUGAGUCCUUCCUGCAACUGCAUGAAGCCCCACGUGGGAGCAGGUGAGGGAUGUGAUAUGCUUCACCUUUACUUAAACUCCACUGAGCCAUGAAGAUAUAGUAGGACUGUUUUUAACAGGCUGCGGUGGUGUAAAAUCGGGUACCCUUAGAAUCCUGUUUUUCUCCCUUUUUGGCAAAAGAUCAGAGCAUAUCAUCAGUUGGAGUCUUAUUUGUGAGGUAUGUGUUAACCAGAUAUCAAUAUGCAUCCUUGAUGAAGUGAUCACAGGUCCACAUAUCUUGUAUUUAUGAGCCCUGAAGCUCAUAAUCACUGGAUUGAAAACAAAAUGGUGUUAUAAAAGGUAAAUGCAACUCAGAGAAUCAGGAGUUUGUCCCCAUAAAUUGGAGGGAUUUGAAUGAGCCUGCUCAGUCUUUUUUUAUCCAUUUCUGUGAAAAAUGUUCUUUCACAAGAAGUUCCCUUUUCCAAGUUAGUAAGGGAAGGUUUUCUCCAGCAGAGUUCCUUAUUUUGCCUUGUGUGCGAACUUCAGAGUUUAGUUUAGAUAUGCAGUGUGACUCAGAAAGGACUUUAUUGCUGAACUCUGCAAAAACCCAAAUGAUAACAAGUGAAUUUGCCUAAUUCCUAGUUCUAAAUUCACCUACUCACUUGACAAGUGCAAAAAUAAGUCUUAUUUUUAGAAAUUACAACUAAAAACAAUGUCUGGUAAAGAGACAGGUGAUGAAGUAGUAUGAUGAAGUCUAAAACUUAAAAUUUGCAUGUUAACGUUUGAGUUUGUACAAUGAGGCCCUAAGCUUCCAAGAGGAUGUGUUCAGAGCAUGUGACUGAAACCAAAUCCUUCGAUUGUUCCUGCUCCAUAUGGCUGUAUCCUUUUACUUAUAUCAACAAUAUAUAUAUAUAUAUAUAUAUAUAUAUACAGUGGUGGCCAAAAUUAUUAGAACACUUGGCAUAUUUAAGAAUUUUCAGUUGUUUUUGUUGAGUUGGCCAUUAAAAUACCCAUAAAACAAAUUAAAUAUCUACAAAGUCAUCAUUUUGCUCUAUAAACCCUAGAAUAGAGCCAUCAUAAGGAGAUUUAGGUCAUUUUCCAUACAAAAAACAAGCAAGGCCUGUCAGUGUCACACAAUCAUGUUCCUUCACAGAAGCAGCCAAAUUACUUGUGUAAUCCUUCUCAGGUGUGAUCGUGGUUAAAUUGAUGGUGAUGCAAGUCUUAGGACACAGCUGUGUGAUUCUUUUGAACGUACAAGGCCUAUCCUGCUCAUUAAGUGAUUGGUAACAUGAGGGUUUUGUCACUGAGGCCACACCACCAAUUGGUAUAAAUUCAAAGCCUCUAGAAGUAGUCUUGAAGCUCAUGUUGCUCUUUGAACAUGGCUAAGGUGAAGAAGGAAUUAACGAGUGAGCAGCGGGUUCGAAUAAAGGCCCUUUUUGAUGCUGGCUGGAGUUACCGCCGCAUAGCCAAGGACUUGAGAUGCAGUCCAAGCACUGUAAAGUACACUUUAGACCGCCAUGAUGCCACCAAUUCACACCAGAACCGAAAGGGGAGAGGUAGAAAAAAGAAACUUUCUGACAGACAAGUGAAGCAUCUCAAAAUUCUCAGUCUUAAGGACCGAAGAAAGACCUCACGAGAACUGCGUGACGAGAUCAACACCACAAUGACUAAUGGUGCAACAGUGUCUUCAAGAACUGUGCGUCGGAAACUGGGAGAAGAAGGACUUGUUGGCAGAAUAGCAGCAAAGAAACCAUUACUGAGAGAGAAAAAUAGAGUGAAACGCCUGAAAUUCGCUAAAGAACACAAGAAAUGGACAAAGGGAGAUUGGUAUAAAGUGUUGUGGACUGAUGAGUCCAAAUUUGAACAGUUUGGCAACAAGCGAAGAGUGUAUGUUCGACGGAGGGAGGGGGAGAGAUAUAAAAAUGAGUGUCUCUUGCCAACAGUUAAACACGGAGGGGGUAGUAUUAUGGUGUGGGGUGCCAUUGCAGCCUCAGGAACAGGUGACUUAGUGAAAAUUGAUGGCAUCAUGGAUAAGAAAGUAUACCACAACAUUCUGGUGAGGCACGGAGUACCAUCUGGGAGUCGUCUUAUUGGGCCUGGAUUUAUUUUCCAAGAGGACAACGACCCUAAACAUUCUUCUAAGUAUUGCCGGAACUACCUGCGACAGAAGGAAUCUGCUGGAACAUUGAAAAUGAUGGACUGGCCCCCUCAAAGUCCGGACCUCAACCCCAUUGAGCAAAUUUGGGGCGAGUUGGAAAAUAAACUGGACAGAUCUAUUGUACAUUCAAAGGAAAGCCUUUGGCUUGAGUUGCAGAAGGCAUGGGAUAAUAUUAGUGUUCAAGUUCUCAAGAAAUAUAUUGACACUAUGCCAGAGAGAUGUGCUGCUGUAAUUGCUGCAAAAGGUGGACAUACCAAAUAUUAAAGUUAAAAGUGGAUAAAAACAGUAGGACUCACUUAAUCUGAUAUUUGUUGUGCUCAGAGCAACCAUCUGCAUGCAUCAUGAACAUUUUGAAAGGAAAUCAUGUUUUGGAGGCAAAAAAAAGUUCAAUGUUUUCAUUUCUGUCAGGUGUUCUAAUAAUUUUGGCCACCACUGUAUAUAUAUAUAUAUACAAAAACAAGACAGGAUGUAUCAUAUCUUGUUUAGGACUCAGUGCAACUUAAAUCAAAUAUCUGUAUUUGGUGAAACAACAAGGGAAUUAGGCAAAAGGCUGAGAAGAUUAAAAUAAAAGUGUCCUGUUAAAGUGCUGGGGAUAUGUUUUCAUUAGGAUGCAAAAGGGGUCUGUUUUUCAUUCUCUUAUUUUUUAUUAUUAUUUUUUUUAUUUUUAUAAAACUGCAAAAGAACGAUGCAACCACAGAACCAAAUAGUAACAAGUAGUAAUAAACAGUAAUAAAACCAUAUGAUUAAUUGAAAAUAGUCCAGAGACAACAUUUCAAACUAAGCCCAAAACUUUUACUCUUACUGGUGAGGUACAACAAAGUACUUAAAAAGUCAUGUAAAAAAUUAAACCUGGAAGAACAUCUCCUAACUAAUGAGGUUAAUUUGCAACAGUUCAGAAACAUAAGUGGGUAUUAAGAGGAUUCAAGAGAGAUGGGGUGUCUCAGAGGUAAAGAUGGAAAGAAAUUUGACAAGACUAUUUGAACUCAGUUUCUUGCUGCAUCCUCAAAUGUAGACCAAAAACUGUACCAUAUAUAAUCAAACCAUAUAUAAAUAACAAUAGAAGGCCUACUUCUGCCUUGACAAGCAUCCAAACCAGUUUUUUUAAAUUUACUCUUCAAAUGUAACACGUCUCCUUCACUGCUUUCAUUAAACCCCUGCCCUCUCACCUCUUUGCAGUGCUUUAUCCUCUGUUGCUGUAGACACCAGUCUUCUUCAGUGGAGUCUGGACUGUGGGACGAUCCCUUUGGUUUGUCCAGUCGGGAGAGACGGGCGAGGUUGCUCGAUUCUGUUGGAUCCAACAGAGGUGACAGCCGCUAUUUCAAGAGCCCUGCAACCCCACAAAGUCAUGUUUCUGAGCCACUCCGGAGGUCUCUGCAGCAAAGACAAAAAGGUAUGACUCUGAUUGAUGUCUGAUCAAUGUGAGAUCUUCUUAUGACCCCUUAGGGAGUAACAGCCUGGUUUAACAAUGUGCAAAGAGGGCUACCUCUGCAAAAAGGAAAAUUGCUUUUCCACUUUUAUCAUAAAAGCAAUCCUUUUGUUUGAACUGCCUGUGUUUGUGUGAAAGGUGCUGGGAACAGUGUCAUUUCCCAGUGACCUGCCUAGUCUCUCCAUGGCGGCAUGGCUGAGUGCUGCAGAGCGCCGCAAGGUGUCCACUAUAGCUAGACUGCUAAAUCAGCUGCCAGCGGAAUCCUCUGCUGUGAUCACCUCUGCUGACACCCUGCUGAGCGAGCUGUUCAGUCACAGAGGUAAGUCUGCUGACUGAUUCACACACUGUCUAUUUUGAGGUGUAACCCAAGUGGGUGCUGGGUUAUAUUUGUUUGAGGCUCUGGAUUUCACUAUUCGACAGAGACAGAAAUCAGGUCAUAUCUAAAUAUGUUUUGUACAACUGUUUUUUCACCAUCUGGAUUUCCCUCUCAGGAUCUGGGACACUUUUUAAAAAUGGAGACCCAAUUCACCGGUAUGUAUUUCCCUCAUAAUCAGAUAUAUAAAUGCAUAUAAGCUAACUCUAAAGUGACCCAACAGAGUUACCAACUGAAAUAACACUCAAUUACUGAGAGUAAUUUAAUGAUUAUGACAAGAAACAUUUGGUAACACUUAAUUUGACACCUAUCUCUAUAAUGCAUUAUAAAUAUAUUUAUAAUGCAUUAUAGCACUGUAUAAAUAAACACUCAUAAAUGAUCAUAAUGCUUUGAAGCAAUAAUCAUUAUAAACACAUUACAAAGCAUUUUAUCAUGACUUACAAGGUCGGGAGAUAUAAUGUGUUAUAACUGUUAACAACUCACUGACAUGCCCACAUAGAUAAUGCAAUGCAACUGUUGUUAACUGUUUUAACACAUUAUAGUACCUGACCUUGUAAGUCAUGAUAAAAUGCUUUAUAAUGUAUUAUGAUUAUUGCUAUAAAGGAUUAUGAUAUUUUAUGAGUGUUUAUAACUAUAGUUAUACAGUGCUAUAACAUGAUUAUGACGCAUUACACAUAUAUUUAUAAUGUGUUAUACAGAUAGGCGUCAAAUAAAGUGUUGCCAAAUAUUCACUUAUAAGCUUCCAAAUGUGAAUCAAUUAUUAGGAAAGUUUUCAAGAUUCAGCGAUGCUCAUAUUGGAUUUGAAAAGAAAAAUAUCCAAAGCUAGUAACCAGUCAUUUUAGAUAGUUAGUUUAACACAAACUUAUAAACUAAGCUACUGCCUAAAGGGUACAUUAUCACUGUGUGUUUGUGUGCAGGUACACCUCUCUGGAUGGUAUUGAUGUCCCGCGUCUGUUGGCUCUCAUCAACAAGUCAUUUGACAAAACUCUUAAGCAAGACUACAUCGACUCUCUAAAAGGAAGACUGCAUUCCAUCUAUCUCUCUGAAGGGUGUGUGGAAAAAUCCUGAAAAAGACGAACAAAAGCAAAUCAGAUAUUUCCACCAAAACAAAUUUGAGCUGUAGUGAAGAAACCUGUACCUCUACUUCCCCACUGUUCAAAAAAGUGUGCCAGGUAUGAUAAAAGUUGAGCCUGUCUCUUUUCUGAAUGUUUGAAACAUCUCUUUGCUCCAGGUAUAGUGCAGCAGCCAUCAUCACCAUGGAGCCAGUGAACAGUGGUACUCCCUACCUCGACAAAUUUGUGGUGAGCAGCAGUAAGCAGGGUCAGGGCACCAGCCAGAUCCUGUGGGAAUGUAUCAGACAGGAUUUGGGCAAACUGUUCUGGAGGUCAAGAGCCACCAACAGGAUCAACCCUUGGUACGACACACACACAUCUUUAGACUCUCAUAUUGGAUUUGGUAUUAAGUUUCUGUGUGAUUUAUUGCUGAUCAGAAACAGCUAAGUUUUGAAGAAAUAUUCCUCUUGAAAUGUUGCUUUAUCGUGCACAAAAAGAUUGGUCAGCUUCAGAUUAGGGCCACUUAUAGACGGAAACGGUCUCCAUAGAAAACGGAAAAGUGUCGUUUUGUUUUCAGUUUUUAUGCUGUGUUUACACAAAAACGCAAUGUGGUUGAAAACGCUGUAAUGUGCAUGCCAGGUCGCUAGGUGGCGCGUGUCGGUGUGAUCGCGCUCCCAUAUAGACCAACAACGCAUAUGUAGAACAACUUCCGUUCUACUUCCUAGAAGCACACAGCACAAUAUGGCGAAUAUGGCACAUUAAUUAUUUGAUGCGACUCGAAUGUCUAGCAUGGUUGUUGUUAUUUUCAAGGAAGCUGCGCAUGGCUAUGAUGUCAUAAGCGUGAGCCGACGUGAGCCAGGACGUCACAGGUUUGACUGUUUUCAGCGUUUUUGUACUUUAGACGAAAGUGGGACUAGCAGAGUGUUUACAACAUUUCCACUCUGGAGGGGGUUUUCACUUUGUUACGUUUUCAUCUCCUGAAAAUGCAGUUACUGUCUAAAUGGACCCCCCUAAAUGAAACUAAAUUUUUCCGUUUUCUAUGGAGACUGUUUCCGUCUAAAGUGGUCUAGGAAACAAAGAGUUGUAGCCUGGUGUUGUGAAUGGAUCUACCUGCUUGAUUUAUUCCAUUUUUCCAGGAGGUGUCAGCAAUGGCUGCAUUUUCAAACACCCUUGGAGGCAAUUGUACAGACUUGAAACCAACCAGAUCAGUACAGCAUGUGACCAAGUACAUAGCAACUGUAAUGUGAACAGAGAGCAGAAAUACACCUUUCUGAUUUAUGAACUCUGUAUGUGCAGUUUUUUUUUUUUAUGAAAAUACUUCAUUUGGUUUGUUUAAAACGGCCACCAUAGAUUCGAUGGACCUCAAAGACAAGUGAUCUGAUUGGCUAACACUUCAUUUAUUAUCAGCACAGCCUGUGAUAUAUGUUUUUCCAUUUUCUUGUCUUUUAAAGGUACUUCAAGCAUUGUGAUGGCAGCUUUGUUCACGGCUUGUGGACUGUCUUCUGGUUCGGCCUGACAGAUAUCAGAGAUUCCUAUGAGCUGGUUGAAUACGCCAAGGAGCUCCCUGACUCUUUCCGCACGGCCUCUCUGAUGACUUCCUAGCAGCCCUGCUUUCCUGCUGCAGCAUCCUAAUAUGAUGCGUAAUAGCUACUACUUUCAAAGGUCUUGGACUCUUAAUUUGAGCUAUGGAUGUAUAAAAAAAUCUGAUCUGGAUUUUUUGGGGUGAAUUUUUCUUAUACCUUGAAACUUGAAAUCUAUAGUGAGUAUUUCAUACAGUAACCACUAGGGGUGUCCCAAAACAGCCUUUUUUUUUUUUUUACUUCGGAUACGAUACCGAUAUUGUAGCCUUCAGUAUUGGCUGACACGAUAUUUAUCUGAUAUUGGUACAAACUUGUGCAUGGCAAGUUUUGCACUCAGCUGCAACGGCUUUUUCUGACAAAAAUACUGCCACACGACCGACAUCACUCCUACUUCUUGCUACUCUGUUAGUUCCUCAGUACACACUGUUGUUGUGAUUAUGUGGGCUCUGCGUGCUGGAUCCAGGUGCUACUAGCUAGAGGUGCCAGUGUAGGUGCGAGAUGUUCUCAGGGCCUGGUGACUGUUGAUGACGUCACACCAUAUGAUUGGCUGGAAGUUGGUUGGAUGACGUGGAAAAUUGUAGUUGGUCGGGACAAAUUACAGAAGCGGUUCUCUCGGGAUUAGAUUUCAUUGGAUUGUAGUUCUUCGGAGAAAGCAUGGACAAAUUUUACGAAGCAAUCUAUUGCUACUUAUCAAAGGGGACUAACGACAGCUGAACUACCACCUCUUUUAGGUUGCCAAUGAAAAUUGCAAAUAAAAGCAAAACCAUCUACUGAUAAACAAAGAUUCUUUUUUUCUGUUUCCUGUAGAAAAGUUAACAUUUACAAUGAAAGCCGUCUAAAAAUUACAGUACAGUAAGUUGUAAUCCUCUGUAUUAUAUGGAGACAAAGGUUCAAGGUGAAUUAAAUUAUCAAACGGAAAUAAAGAAAACUGUGAGGGGCUUGUAACUGAGCACAUUUGACUUAUUAAAUGGAGCCCAAUGUAGUUUGUCCCAGUGGAUUUGCCGCUGUGUGACGUCUUCAACAGGUGCUAAGCCCGGAGCAGAUCUGGCAGAGCACAUCUGGUACCUACACUGGAGCGGAGUCUAGAAUGAACUGCUUGUAUUGGAGUGCUGAUUUCAUUUCAUAUUUGUUUUUUUUACUGAUAUCAGACCUAUAUUGGACUGGGACAUCCCUAGUAACCACUUUUAGGAAUUGUAAAGUACCCUUCUGUAGGGUAGGGGCUUGUGCCAGGGACAUUUUCCACUUUGCCGUUACCUUGUUUUUCCAUUGUUUUAAGAGGUACAGUGAGCACACUGACUGUUACUGUGAGUUAUACAAAACUGGUGCUUUUUGACUCUAAAUGCUUUGCAGAGAGGGAAAAUUUCAAAACUCUACUUUUGUAUGAUGUGGUCAACUCCCUGAUCUUUCAGAGAUCAUUUAUUUUAGAGACCAAAUAUCAAAGUGAGUAAUACAGGUGUAACUCACUCCUACAGUUUUAUACAAAGCUCAGGGUUUACUUGACCUGAGUGUCCUACUAAACCUGUGAAAACAGCUAUGGCAUGUUUCGCUGGGUCUGAAAAGUUUUCUAAACUUUAUAUGAAGCUCUCAUCGGGGUCUUUAACUAGUUCAGUAAAACUAAGUAUUGCAAGUUAUUUUUGACUUACAGAAGCAAAUUAGACUAUUAGCGAAAAGGGUUUUCUUUCUACAUUAUAAUUUAUACGGCCUGUAUAUGUAGGUGGGGUGGUGGGUUGGGGUGGGGUUGGUGGGGUGUAGAUGUCAGACCAGACCACAGCACUCUGAAGAAUUUUUCUUAAAUUUUUUUUUUAUUAUUUUUACUUUUUCUACAGGAAAUGUUACAUGAGACCCAUCACACUGUGAGAAAGCAAGCUGAGAAUUUCGGUUUUAAAACACUAUCUACUAAUGUAUUUAACCAAAUCAGUAAAGUGAUGAGAGGUAAUGUAUAACUUUGACUACAGGGACUACCAAGAUAGGUACAGGCAGAAAGUUCCUCACAGGAGCUUUAAAUGAAUCCUGAUGAUGCCAUAACAGUAUAACACAAGUUUUUUUUGGCUUUGGUCCAGAACCUUUGGAUUUUAAAACAUUUUUUUUUUUUUAAUUAGGGUUUGCAUUUAGGGUAGAGAGCUCUUUAUACACGAUUAGGAAUUACACUGUGAGAGUUGUACAAUCGAGAAAUUUGAGUCAGAGUCAGUCAAGUUAUGAGUAAUUCAACCUUUUGCUUUUUUUCCGAUCAAUCUUUCCUAAACUCAGAAAAACUAGCUCAAUUUGUUAAAUUUAUUCAGAACCAUCUGUGGGAAAAGGAGCUAAACCUGAGUUAUACUGAACUGUUAAUGUGGUGAGAAGAACGGUGAAUGCCAAAGGGUAUGUUUGUAACAGUAUACGGUCAUUAAAGCUUUACAGGCCAGAUACUCAAUGAAUCAUGUCUCUGCCCUGUGCUUGCAUCUCAGUGUCUCCUCUUUGAGUUCUAGUUGAGUUCAGUUCUAUUUGCUCGCCCUCCCAGCCCAUACUUAGAAUUUUCUGCGUUUCUAUCUGAUUAGGUCCUCGGUGCAGACGGGUCAUUGUAGGUGACUUUAAUAAUAAUGUGGAUAAUGCCAUAGCCCUACUUUCUAGUCUGUAUUAGACUCAAUUGGGUUUACACAGUGCGUACACAGACCUUUUUAACCACAUCCUUGAUGUUGUUUUGGCUUAAAGACUUGUCAGUUAGUAAUUUGUAAUCCCCUUUUAUUAAACCACAAAUGAGUAACAUUUGAAUUUGUGCCAUCAGGUUAUUCUCCUCACAAAAAAACAUGCUAAGGUUGUCUGUAAAUGCUGUAGCUAAGUUCAAGGAGGCAAUUCUGUCUGCUCUUAAUUCAGUAUUUGAUAAUAACUUCACUGUUAGCUCCUUAUAUCUGGAUGUCAGUUUUUCGCAACUUGAUCAGCUCGUCUGUAAUACCUCAGGUUCACUGUGAGUCAUUCGUGACUCAGGUGCUCCUCUUCAACAGAAAAUCUUAGAUCCCAGAGGCUGGUUCGAUGGUAUAUACAUUGAAACUUGUGAGCUUAAACAGUUAUUGAGAAAACUAGAAAGGAUAAGGUGUUCCUCUGAAACAGCUGAGGCUCACAUACUCAGGCAGAAUUACAAUUACAAUGUCAUUUAGCAGACGGUUUUGUCCAAAGCAACGUACGUACAAAUCAUACACCAGCAGAGGACACAAACUUGCCCGAGGACAAACAGACAGACUAAGAAUGAGGGGAUUCGAACCGCCAACCUUCCAGUUGUUAGAUGACCGCUCUACCUCCUAAGCUACUGCCACCCUAUAAUCCAAUGCGCCAUCCAUUGCCCCAUAUUUAGUAAGAAUUGCCUUAAUAAAUAUAGUGAGGCCUGCAGCGUGCUUGAGCAGUUCACUACUCCUCCCUCAUUAAAGAAACAAGAGCAACAGUAUGAAAAGGUUUGGUUCUGUGUUCUUAUUGUGUCCUGUUGGACUCUGUUAUGUUAUGCACUGCAGCAGUGAUGUACGGCAAGGGCUGUAAAGUAUAAGUUUUGCAGCAGUUGAGUAAACCCAACAUCAACAAGGCUACACGUAUUUAUUGAGUACAACGCAAAAACAAUACCAGGCAUCUCUCCAGCACUGAAGCCAGACUGACAGAGUCAGAGCGCCAUUGAACCAUGUAUUCUCUUAGCCCUCAGCAGCAAUAACUGUUUGAGCUUCUUUAAUGAUUAAAUCUUAAAAUAAGAGGUACAAUUGCUAACUUCUUGCCCAUGACAGGUAUUUUUCUCUUAGACAACACUGUAAUUGUGGAGACACCCUUGAAGCCUCUUGUGUACCUUAGUUAUUUUACACCGAUUGCCUUUCUGAAUCAAAUUAAGUAGUGCUAACAGCUAAAUUAUCAACAUGUCUUUUACACCCAAUUCCAUCUAAGCUGCUGAAGGACGCCUCUCCUUUAAUAAGAACAUCUUUACUUAGCUUGAUCAAUAUGUCAUUAUUGACAGGAUUUGUUCCCCAGUCUUUCAAAGCUGAGGUGAUUAAACCUC